CCGAAAUCCGAAUCCGUUUGGUUUAGCGUUUAGUCAUUUUUUUAUACCUUAAGUUUAUAGUCGGAUCAAAUUUUUUUAUAAACAGAAAUUUUUCAAUAACUUGUACACAAUGAAGUAUUUUCUAGUCAUAUCAUUAUCGAUUUUGAUAUGUUUAGCUCACUGUAAGUUUGAAAUUGAAGAAGUGGAUGAGUUUGAAGAGUUUGAGGAGUUGCCUAGAACUGAACCUGACCUAAAACUGAAGGACGACUCCUCUCCCAUUUUGGAAAAAACUGAGACUGAAGUCACUGUAGAAGAUGAUGACGAAUUUGAACAUUUUAACGAUGAAGAGGAAUUCGAAGGUUUUGAUACUGAAAGAUUACAUGUUGAUGACAAGGAUCCUAAAAUAACCAUUGCUUCUGUACCAGUACCUUUUCAUACUAAGUGGUCAAAUUAUAUAGUGGAAACUCUAUUGAUUAUUGGUAUUAUUGCAUAUUUUGCAAAUUUUUUCUUUGGCCGGUCAAAAAACGCACAGUUGGCAGAUAUAUGGUUUAAAACACACAAAUCUUUAUUAGAAGAUAACUUUUCUUUAGUUGGCGACGAUGGUAAAAUUGAAAUAGAAAACAGUGGAUUGAUCAAAGAAACUGAAAGUUCAUAUACAUUAUGGUGCAGCGGUCGCACUUGCUGUGAAGGAAUGUUGGUUGAAUUAAAAUUUAUUAAGAGACAAGAUUUAGCUUCCAUGUUAAAUCAAUUCUUGCGGCCUGCUAAAGACGAAGUACAUAUUAAAGUAGAUAUGAAUAAAGAAGAUAUGGAUACAUUUGUGUUUUGUGUUGCAUCCAAAAAAACAGCUGCUCGGUAUUCAAAAGAAAUGGCUGACCUUAGUGUAUUUUGUCCAGAACGUAAGCCUGGAGCUAAUUAUGGUUUGACUGAUAGUUUUUCUGUACACAGUGAAUUAGCCGAAGUAUCUUCAUCCAUAUUGGAUGCAAAGACUGUCAACUAUAUUAACAAAUACUCAGAUGUUAUAGACUGUUUACAUUUUUCUGAUAGAUAUUCAGGACUUAAAUUAACAGAUGAUACUGCAGUCCCUACUAAGUUACCAGCAGUGAAAAAAGUAUUGAUUUUCACUUUUACUAUUCCUACUGAUAAAUAUGCUGAUCCUCAGGAAGCUAUUAGUACUAUAUACCCGCUAAUGUCAUUUGUAUUCCAAUGUAUGGAACGUAUUAAACGAUUAAGAAUUAGUAAAGAGGCCAAAAUUAAAGCGGAAAAAAAUAGACUGCGUGUUGAAGAAKCAUUUUUAAAAACUACUCAUGCAGCUCGAGCUGAAGCAGCUGCAGCAAGGAAAGAAGAAAAGAAAAAGCUGGAAAAAGAACGAAUUUUAAAAGAGGAUCCAGAGAAGCAACGAAAAUGGGAGGAAAAAGAGAUGAAACGCCAACAGAGGAAAAAGGCUCCAAGAAUGAAACAAUUAAAAGUAAAGUCUAUGUAAGACGAGACUUUUUUUUUUUUAAUUUUUGUGUUAUUAAGUGUUGGUUUUUGGUUACAUUGAUAGGUAGUUGAACUUUUUUAUUAUUAUUAUUUGAAUUGUUUAGUUUUUUCUUAUUAUUAAUUUUKAUAAUUUAUUAAAUCAUAUGUAUUUAGUGAAAUUUAUUUUGGGAUGUUAUUUUUGUGACGUGCCUUUGAAUUGUAUUAAUUUUAUCCCAAACUAAAUAAUAUGUUUCUUUUCGUA